UUAACACUCCUUCAUUUGAUCAGAUCUCUCAUUCAUUCACUGACUCUCUCCUCUCUCUCAGACUUCUGAUUCUUUGAAGCUCUCUCAUCCGCACUCGUCCCUGACUCACUCAAUGGCUGACCGAGUUCACCCUCGCGAUUCGCCUCCCGUUUCCGGCGAAUCCCAACCAACAUCGUCUCAGGAGCACGGCGUCCCCCGAAAACCUACCCCACCAGCGCCGGCGAAGCCUGUCCCGCCUCCGCAGACUGGCACCUACGUCAUCCAGAUCCCCAAGGACCAAGUCUACCGCGUUCCUCCGCCGGAGAAUGCUCCCCGCCAGAGCCAGUACGGUCGUCGGAAGAGCCGCCGUAGUUCUUGCUGCUGCUGCCUCUGCUGGCUGAUCGGUCUCAUCUUCAUCCUCAUCGUCCUCCUCGGUAUUGCCGCUGGUGUUAUGUACCUCGUUUUCCGACCGAAGGCGCCGGACUAUACAAUCAACAGCAUUUCCGUCAAAGGAGUUAACCUCACAUCGGUAGCGGCCGCGUCGUCGGCGAUAUCGCCGGAGUUCGACGUCGCCGUUCGCGCCGAUAACCCUAACAAGAAGAUCGGGAUUUACUACGAGAAGGAUAGCUCUGUGGAAGUUUACUACAAGAAGGUGAUGCUAUGUAACGGCGCGCUGCCGGCGUUUUACCAGCCGUCAAAUAAUGUCACGGUGUUUCAAACGGUGUUAAAGGGGUCUGACAUUGAGCUUACGACAACGGAUGCGACGGCUUUAGUGAAUGCGCAGAGCAAACGGAGCGUGCCGAUAACGCUGAAACUGAGGGCGCCAGUGAAGAUCAAGGUUGGUUCCGUUAAGACGUGGAAGAUUACCGUGAAAGUUGACUGCGAUGUAACGGUGGACAAUCUAACGGCGCAGGCUAAGGUGGUUUCAAAGGAUUGUGAUUACGGUGUGGAUCUAUGGUGAUGAGAGUGGAGAUGUUUGGGUAUAGGGUUAGGAUAAACUCGUUUUGGGGACAUACUUGUUUGGCAUUAUAUUUGUUGCUUCAGAUGUUAUAAUAUUAUUUGCACAGAGAAAGAUCUUAUAGAUAUAUUUGGGAUAGAAUAAUACAUUUCAUGUUGAUGGUUCUCUACA